AACUGGUUGACGGACUUGGAAAUAUUUGCCGCUCUCAUAGCCGCCAUUAUUCAUGACUUUGAACACACCGGGACCACGAACAACUUUCAUGUCAUGUCCAGGUCUGAGACGGCUCUCCUAUACAACGAUAGAGCAGUUCUUGAAAAUCAUCAUGUAAGUACAGCAUUUCGCCUUAUGCGAGAAGAUGACUCCAAUAUACUAUUUCACUUGAGUAAAGAAGAGUACAGGGAGUUUCGUACCCUGGUCAUAGAUAUGGUUCUAGCUACAGACAUGUCUUCCCACUUUCAACAGAUUAAGUCCGUCAAGUCACUGAUCAGUCAUUCAGACUUCUCCAUUGAUAAGUCUAAGGCUCUAUCCUUAGUUUUGCACUGUUGUGAUAUCAGCCAUCCAAGCAAAGCCUGGAAUUUGCACCAUAAAUGGACUAUGUUGCUUAUGGAGGAAUUUUUCCUGCAGGGAGAUAAAGAGAAAGCACUUGGACUUCCAUAUUCUCCUUUAUGUGACAGAAACACCACCCUUAUCGCAGAUUCUCAAAUAGGUUUCAUUGAUUUUAUUGUGGCGCCAAGUUUUGAAGUUUGUGGGGAUAUGCUUGAAAAAAUUGAAGAGAAGUAUCUGACAACUCGUUCAUCAUCUGUUUCCGAAUCCAUCACGGAAGAAACUCCUUCGGCAGCAAAUAAAGUCACAGCUUUGGAUAGAAAAUCCCAGUCCUUGGCAGGUGUUUUGAAUAGCGGAGCAGACAGCGAUUCUUCUGAAACGGUGGCUAGUUCGUCAGAUGCUGGUACCAGUGCAUCUAGUGCUCCUCCAUCUCCGAAAGCAAAUCCUCCGUUCAAGUCUAAAAUCAAAAGACCCUGGAUACAGCACCUCGAAGAAAAUAAGAAACAAUGGAAAGAAAGAAUUCAUAAGGAUGCCGAACUACGUGCUCAACUAUCCGUUGCUCCCGAAGACCCAGAUGUAGACAAAUCGAAGUCACCUAAGAAGAUAUUCGUCUGAAAUCUACAAAUGCUCUGCAGACCAGUGAAAGCAAAGCAAUACACGUCUACUUCUUCUCUUUGUUUACUCUGAAGCAACGACACAGUCACAAGUGGUCUUUAAAUUACUAUUCCGCUUGUGCUGCAUCAAAUCAAUCACUGAGAACGCAAAUGAAGCGAAUCUUUAUAUAUUGCAAAGUAUGUUCAUACUCGGACAAAAAAAUUCAAACUUAGAGACAGAAAUGUACAAUAGCAACAAAAAAUACUAUAUGUCUUCAAUGAACGUCCUAUGUAUGCAGGCGUCAGUAACUGGAUUUUUCAUUACAUAUUUUUUUUUUCUUUUUUCCAACUUUUUUCUUGGCUGUACUGUGCUUUGCCGUGGUAACAAACUCUUUUAAAAGCUGGACCAUUUUAUCUCUGUUAUGAAUCUGUUCCACGUAGUUUAAUGUUCAAAUGGCUAUUUUAAGUUUUUAGCAUAUCUUGUGAAUGUAAAUGCACUAUCUAGAAGAAUUCCGAUAUUUUUAUAAAACCUGAUGCAUUACUAAUAUCUGACAAAAUAUCAUUCUUCUUGCACAAAGUAACAAGAAUUUAAUUUGUGAUAAUGGCAUAUCUUUCUCCUGCCAGUCAAGACAAAGUAUUCUAAAAUAUGAUGGCCGAGCUUAUUCAUACAAGGUUUAUUACAAAUUAGAUUCUCAGUGGCUUCAGUUAAAGCAGUAUCUGCUUUUGAAAAUUUAAAACUUCAUCUAACAAUAUAAAAACAUUUCUUAUCCUUUUAAUCACAUAUUUUUAAAAAUACCAUUUAAAAAUGUGCAACGUAAGCCUCUGCUAAUUUUUUUAAUUAUAUGCACUAUCUGUGUAUCCCUGUUGUGCUGCACAACUUCAAGCUAAUGCACAUUCCAGUGUUUUUUUUUUUUUUUUUUUUUUUUUUUUUUUUUUUAAUAUUCAUGACAAAUAACGAACCCCGAAACAUUAUUAGUUACUAUUUUCAUUCCAGAAGCUUUAAAGUGUCAUAAAUUUUCAUCUGUGCAUCAUGUAGCUCGUAUUCAUGUCACUUCGAUAUGAAAUUCAAAGCGCUGUUCGUUUCUCAUAACUAUGUAGCAAUGCUUGACUGGAGUAGGGCAAACAGCAUAAAAUACUCUUUUAUACGACGUUUAAUAAAUAUAUAUUGUAUUUUCACGGCACAAUUUCUUAGUAUAAUUUUUAUCGUAAUUUCGAAUUUAAAAACUAUGCUAAAGAAAUUGUGAUACAUUACGUGCAGAAAAUGUCAUUGUAGAGUGAUAAGUAAUAAUGCAUAUUAGCUGUUUGACUGCACGUGUUUUCUCACGUUCAUACCUUACGCUUUUAUUUAUAUUUUCCAUGCCUUUUAACUACAGCAUUUAACAAACAUUAGUAAAUUUUCUGGCCUGUGUGGCAUGCAACGAGUAAUUUUCGAUUAAUCUUCACCAGUUUUGUUUAUCCCUAUUAAAAUUCAGAUCAUCUAUUUUGCCUAGAUGUAUAUGACAACAAACGCCAGAUCACUUUAUGUGGGAAAGUUUUGUUGUGAGUGACAAAUUGGCUUAUUCGAUGUUUUAAAGACCAACAGCAUAAAUAUUCAUCUUAAAUAAUGUUUAAAAUUCUGCACUCGUUUAGUAUUAAUAUAUAUGGCUCAGAAUGUUCUUAAAGUGUAUGUAAAUAAAAUGUGCUUAUACCCUCUGAUUACAUUGAACGUUAAUCUACAUAUAAAUUUAUUUAUUUAUAAAUAAUUUCAAUUUAAAUCUCUUUUCUUUAGACUAUGGAAUCUCCUUUUUUAUAAUUACAGAUGUUGCUUUAUACGAUUAGUAUUUUGAAUUACAUUAAUAUGUCAAUAAAUAUUUAUUAUAGCAAAUAAAAUUAAAAGUGGUAUAA